AUGUCAGAAACGACAAGAUUCGGAACGAUGAAUGAAAGCAGCGAUGCAUCGUUAGCGAAUGCGAUUUUAACGAGCCGAGACAUUCGUGUGAAACGUGCGAUCAACUAUGAUGAAUUGCACGACGCAAAUGAUAAUGAGGCUGGAACGAUUGAGGUGAUUCUAUGGUUUUGUUCGAUUGAGUUGAUUUGA